GGGUUAGAAGUUCACCGCGGUUGAAAUGAUUGAGGCUGAAAUUUGACUACUCUGGUUAAGCCUUUGGUCGCCUCAGACCCAGAAACACAAAGAUAGGAAAGACGAAGAAAUAAAAAGAGAGAGAAAGUUAGAGAGAGAAACUCAGAGAGACAAAAGACAGAAGAAGAAAAUUGGAUGUUCAAGCGUCUGUGACUCCGAGGACGGCGAAGGAGAGAGAGAGAGAGCUUGGAGUUGUUGUAUCUCUAAAUCGAAGGCAAUUUGAGUGAGAUAGAGACAAAGAAAGGAAUCAAGUGGAGUACCGAAGCGAGCUUUGAGCUUUUUCAGAGGCGGAUUUGGAGAUUUCUUGUUGAUAUCGUCUGCUUAGAGGCUUAUUUGGUACCAGAUGAAACAGAUCUGAGCCUGAGAAGGUAUGGCGAGUUCGGAGGUUUCAAUGAAAGGUAAUCGUGGAGGAGAUAACUUCUCCUCCUCCGCUUUUAGUGACCCUAAAGAGACUAGAAACGGCGAGGGGCAAAAAAGUAAUUCUAGCCGACCCGCUGCGGCUGAGCGUGCUGUCGACCCUGAGGCUGCUCUUUACAGAGAGCUAUGGCACGCUUGUGCCGGUCCGCUUGUGACGGUUCCUAGACAAGAUGACCGUGUCUUCUAUUUUCCUCAAGGACACAUCGAGCAGGUGGAGGCGUCGACGAACCAGGCGGCAGAACAACAGAUGCCUCUCUAUGAUCUUCCAUCAAAGCUUCUUUGUCGAGUUAUUAAUGUAGAUUUAAAGGCAGAGGCAGAUACAGAUGAAGUUUAUGCUCAGAUUACACUUCUUCCCGAGGCUAACCAAGACGAGAAUGCAAUUGAGAAAGAAGCGCCUCCUCCUCCACCUCCGAGGUUCCAGGUGCAUUCGUUCUGCAAAACCUUGACUGCAUCCGACACAAGUACACAUGGUGGAUUUUCUGUUCUUAGGCGACAUGCUGAUGAAUGCCUUCCACCUCUGGAUAUGUCUCGACAACCUCCCACACAAGAGUUAGUUGCAAAGGAUUUGCAUGCAAAUGAGUGGCGAUUCAGACAUAUUUUCCGAGGUCAACCACGGAGGCAUUUGCUUCAGAGUGGGUGGAGUGUGUUUGUUAGCUCCAAAAGGCUAGUUGCAGGCGAUGCGUUUAUAUUUCUAAGGGGCGAGAAUGGAGAAUUAAGAGUGGGUGUAAGGCGAGCGAUGCGACAACAAGGAAAUGUGCCGUCUUCUGUUAUAUCUAGCCAUAGCAUGCAUCUUGGAGUACUGGCUACCGCAUGGCAUGCCAUUUCAACGGGGACUAUGUUUACAGUAUACUACAAACCAAGGACCAGCCCAUCUGAGUUUAUUGUUCCGUUUGAUCAGUAUAUGGAGUCUGUGAAGAAUAACUACUCCAUUGGCAUGAGAUUUAAAAUGAGAUUUGAAGGCGAAGAGGCUCCUGAGCAGAGGUUUACUGGCACAAUUGUUGGGAUUGAAGACUCUGACAUCACUAGGUGGCCAAAAUCAAAGUGGAGAUCCCUCAAGGUGAGAUGGGAUGAGACUUCUAGUAUUCCUCGACCUGAUAGAGUAUCUCCGUGGAAAAUAGAGCCAGCUCUUGCUCCUCCUGCGUUGAGUCCUGUUCCAAUGCCUAGGCCUAAGAGGCCCAGAUCUAAUAUAGCACCUUCAUCUCCUGACUCUUCAAUGCUUACUAGAGAAGGCACAACUAAAGCAAACAUGGACCCUUUACCAGCAAGCGGACUUUCAAGGGUCUUGCAAGGUCAAGAAUACUCGACCUUGAGGACGAAACAUACUGAGAGUGUAGAGUGUGAUGCUCCUGAGAAUUCUGUUGUUUGGCAAUCCUCAGCGGAUGAUGAUAAGGUUGACGUGGUUUCGUGUUCUAGAAGAUAUGGAUCUGAGAACUGGAUGCCCUCAGCCAGGCAUGAACCUACUUACACGGAUUUGCUAUCCGGCUUUGGGGCAAACAUAGAACCAUCCCAUGGUCAGCGGAUACCUUUUUAUGACCAUUCAUCAUCACCUUCUAUGCCUGCAAAGAAUAUAUUGAGUGAUCCGGAGGGCAAGUUCGAUUUUCUUGCUAACCAGUGGCAGAUGAUGCAAUCUGGUCUCUCCCUGAAGUUACAUGAAUCUCCUAAGGUACCUGCAGCAACUGAUGCCUCUUUCCAAGGGCGAGGCAAUGUUAAAUACAGUGAAUAUCCAGUGCUUAAUGGUCUAUCGACUGAAAAUGCUGGCGGUAACUGGCCAAUACGUCCACGUGCUUUGAAUUAUUAUGAGGAAGUGGUUCAUGCUCAAGCACAAGCUCAGGCGCAAGCUCAGGCUAGGGAGCAAGCAACAAAACAACCCGUCACAAUACAAGAGGAGACAGCAAAGUCAAGAGAAGGGAACUGUAGACUUUUUGGCAUUCCUCUUUCCAACAACAUGAAUGGGACAGACUCAGCCAUGUCUCAGAGAAGCAACUUGAAUGAUGCUGCGGGGCUUACACAGUUAGCAUCACCAAAGGUUCAAGACCUUCCCGAUCAGUCAAAAGGGUCAAAAUCGACAAACGAUCAUCGUGAACAGGGAAGACCGUUCCAGACUAAUAAUCCUCAUCCGAAGGAUGCUCAUACGAAAAGCAACUCAAGUAGGAGUUGCACAAAAGUUCACAAGCAGGGAAUUGCACUUGGCCGUUCAGUGGAUCUUUCAAAGUUCCAAAACUAUGAGGAGUUAAUCGCGGAGCUGGACAGGCUGUUUGAGUUUAACGGAGAGUUGAUGGCUCCUAAGAAAGAUUGGUUGAUAGUUUACACAGAUGAUGAGAAUGAUAUGAUGCUUGUUGGAGACGAUCCUUGGCAGGAGUUUUGUUGCAUGGUUCGCAAAAUCUUCAUAUACACGAAAGAGGAAGUGAGGAAGAUGAACCCGGGGACUCUAAGCUGUAGGAGUGAGGAAGGAGUUGUUGGGGAAGGAUCAGAUGCAAAGGACGCCAAGUCUGCAUCAAAUCCUUCAUUGUCCAGUCGGGAACUCUUAAACAAACAAAACCAGCAACCCUUUUGCUACAAGCCGAGGAGGAGGGUCGAUUGGUGGAGGAGACUGGAGAGCAAAAUGGGAUGAUGGUUUUAUAAGAUAUGCUAUUAAAAAAUGCAAUUUUUGAAGUAUUUUGUUGGCCACUUAGAUUAUUAGCAUCUUCCACCAUCCCUUAUUAUCUAAUAAUAAUUAUUAUAUAUAUAUUAUAAAGUAAACAUAAAAAGGUUACAGGUAUUAAAUAGUAGAAUAUGAAAGGCUCUUUUAUAAGUAGAAUAUGAUGGUGUGGAGUUGUAGAUGGAGGCUGGUAUCGGUUCUUGUUAUAUGUAUUUUUUUUUUUUCCUUUCUUUCAAAGAUCUCUCUUGAAGUCUUUUUAUUGUUUAUAUAUUAAUCCCAAUGUACAUAAAUUUUUAAGCUUCUGCCCGUUUCAUUGUGUUUUCGA